GAUGCAAAGUCUUACACACUUAAAGAAGAAAGUUUAAAAUUGUCACAUCCACUGGUGGGAUGGAAGAUUAUGAAGAAAGUGAUUAUGAGAAAGAACGAAGAAAGAAUAUUGAGAUGCAUAAUGAAGAGUUUAGAAAAAUAUUUCCGGAGGGUGUUUUUUUAAAGUCAAGUUCCGCUAAAACUAACAGAAAGAAAAGAAAGAAUAGACUGAGUGAAGGAUAUAUAAAGAAUAUAGCAUCAUUGACUCCCCGUCGUUCAAUAAGUCGGUCGUGUAAAAGGUUGCCUGGAGAGACGCUUAUUUCACGAGACAAAAAAAUUCGAAUUUCUGAUGACUGGCAAGAUACUCCAAGGAGACCGUUGUCUUCAGGUGGUAUUCGAUUUACAAAGUGGGAAAAGAUACAGCAACGACAAGCAGAAAAGAUGAAAGAUCGCAAACCGAUUACCCAAGAUUAUUUUAGUGAUUACGUCGACACUUACAGUGAUGAAGAAUUUACCGAAAAGCUGGCCCGUCGGAGAUAUGUACCAGUGUUGGAACCUGGACCAAUUGAAGAUGUAGCUGAAAGAACUUCCGACAAACACUACGACUCAGAGUACGGCACAUCCUGUCAUCAAUGCCGUCAAAAAACUAUUGACACAAAAACAGUCUGUCGUAAUAGUGAAUGUGUAGGAGUUCGUGGCCAAUUCUGCGGACCAUGUUUAAAGAAUCGUUAUGGAGAAUGCGCAAAGGAAGCCCUGCGUAACGAGGCGUGGUUUUGCCCUCCAUGUCGGGGCAUAUGUAACUGUAGUUUUUGCAUGAAGAAAAGAGGAAAGAGAGCUACAGGGAUUUUGAUACACCUAGCAAAAGAAAACGGCUACACUGACGUGAAAACUUUCCUCGGAGACUAGUUAUUCCAAUACAAGGAAAUUUAGAAAACAUUUAUAUGUGGACUAUGAGUCAGGACAUGGGAUAAACACGUAAUUUUUUGUCCCAAAUAAUUUGUGUGCCUUAAAGGAGUCUCGUAUACUAUAAACGGUUUUUAAACAGUUUAGUAAUGUGUGUUUUUUUGGAUGAGAUUAUAAUAGUACAGUUCUACAUGUUUAUAUGUUCCUAUUAGCAAAGCUAAUAAAAUAUUUUAUAAAUUCCAAUAAAAUUUCAUUUAAAAUA